AUGGUAAACGCACAAGAAUAUGUUGAAAAGAAUUUUGAUAAAAGUGUUAGCACAAUUGUCGCUAUUGGUAAGGACCUGGAAGGUGAUAUCGACUUGUCAGAAUACCCCAACUUAACUGUUGUGGAUUUUGGAUGUAAUCUCGCAUUGACAAGUUUAAAAUUAGCUCCCUUAACUAAAAUUACGUAUAUAAGCACUUUUGGUACUGGAAUUAUUGAUUUUUCUUUUUACAGUAGCACCCCCGACAUAAGACAUUGUUGCUUAAAUAAUGUUGGAAAUACUGAUCAAAAUAAUCCAUUACUUGCCCAAGUAAUUCGUGAUACAUGUCGGGCUGGAUUAAAAGCAAAGUCUGAACUUCAAGAACUUGCGCAAUUAAUUCUUUCUAAACAACCUUAUGACUUUCUCAAACUUAAACAAGAAAUGAUCAAAUUCAAAUCACAAGAACUCCCUAAAAUUAGCAAUAAGUUAUCAGAACAAAAAAAAGAUGAAAUUGCCGAACAUUUCACUCAUCAAAUAACUUCCUCAUUUGGGACAACAAGAAAUGACCAAGUAAAAGAAGCAGCAAAAACAUAUAUUAAUAAGCUUGAUAAUUUUGAAGGAAUUGAUACUCAAUGCGCAACUCUCUUUGAUGACUCACUAAAAAAUGCUUUUCAAACAGUCACAACAAAUGCUUAUAAUAAGGGACAAGAAUACUGGGCAGAAUUCUGGGGACAUUACCUUUGCAGAAGAGUGUACCAGGAAAAACUUGCUCUGAAAAACAUUAAUCAAGAAAAAAUUACUCAACUUCAAACAAAAAUUCAACAACUCCAACAACAAAUUCAACAACUUCAAAUGUAA